AUCAUCCCCACCAUUUGGUUGCAUCGACCCAUCCCUUUCACCAGCUAAUUUAACAAUAUUUACAUACCCUGUCUCCAUACAAUUCCAGCGGUCGCUUUUGAAUCGCCGGCAGAUUUGGAAGUCUUGUGGCUAUUAUUCAUGAUACAGCCUAUUAUUAUGUCCAAAGCCGCAUGCCUCUCAUCUUUCCGCUGCUCGCAAUCGCAACAACAGGUAUAGCUUUGCUCCUUGAAGAAGAUGAACCGCAUGAGGAGAAUCGCGGGGAUGGGCAAGAGUAAGAAGGCCCCGUCCGCGGUUCAGAAAGAUAAAGACGAGAGCAUAGUUUUCUUCCGGGAGCUGUACAAGCAUGAGAAAGAUACGGAUGUGAAUCUCCUGGAGCCCAUCUACUCCGUGGAGUUCGACGCCAUCCAAGGUGGUCACAUGUCCAAACCUCCCCCGGGGAAGAGAGAUCUCCUCGUGCAAAUCAACGAGAAGCACGACUAUGACUGGCCCAAGGCCCCUCCAGCUGCACCAAUGUUUCCUUCCCUUAGGAUGGAGGAAGCCGGCUCCUCCGAAACGGUGGUUCCCAUCCUACUGAAAGAGCUACCCAUCCCGAUCGCGCAACCUGUCAAACCUUCAGCUUCAAGAUCAAGGUUCGUUGGCAAGACAGAGGCGGGCAAGGCUCCGGCAGGUUCCUCGUCAGGCAACUAUGCCAAGAGCCAGCCUUGCACGACCGACAGGAGACCAGCUUCGGCUUACGCUUCAACUCUGCCAAACAGGCAGCAGAAAGCCAGUACCGGCACGAGCAUCAGCUCAGGCAAGGCACACUCGCACAUGUACUACGCAAAUGCAAGCCAGGGCAGUGCAAGUGCAACCAACGCGGCGGAGACGCCAGGGGAAGCCCCUUACACGGCGCCCAAGAAUCUGCUCACGACUGGAUCCGUUUUCGCACGGCGCGGGGUACCGUCACCAGCAACGACAAUGGCGGCAAGAGCUCGGUGGUCUAGAGGUCCUCCAUUGGGCGUGGACGCCAAAGUUGAGAGCGGCAAGGCGAGGAGGUCACCGUGCCCACCGGCUGCUGCGGCAAAGGAGCUGCUGCAGGUAGAUGGCAGAAAGAAUGCUUUACCGGACAAGGGCAAGGCUGCCAGCACUGGCGUCAAGCCUGUUUGCAGCAGCGUUGGCCGUGCGGUCACCAGCAAGAUCACGCCAGCCAAGGGAAUGCCAAGAACAAAUGGCAAGAGCGAGCGGAGACCAAGGUUUGCAGACCAGUGAAUAACGAGCGGCAGCGCCAUCAGUUGGCAUGUACUUAUAUAUGCUUGCAAAAAAAGAACCAUAAAAUUUGCUCCUCCCACUGAAGACUUCUUUCUGUUGAUUUGUCAAGUCAAGUAUGAAUUUCCUUCAACUACGAAAUUCAGACCAAAAGACAGGUCCAUCGACCAGCGGUAACGCAG